CACGCGAUAUUUCCAGAGACACCAGUGUAUAUGUUGUAAACCCGAGUUAACUGUUUAGUUGUCAGUAGUCAUUUUUGCCGGGCACUACUGCCAGACAACAGUGUGAAUACCGUGGUUCUUCGAGGGAGCUUAAAUUGCUAAAACAGUAAAUAUGCAGCCUGCAGCAGCCAAGUGGUAUGACAGACGAGAGUCUGUCUUUGUAGAGUUUUGCGUGGAAGACAGUAAAGAUGUGCAAGUAAACUUUGACAAGUCAAAAUUCAGUUUCAGCUGUGUCAGUGGAACAGAUGAUAUCAAACACCAGAAUGCAGUGGAGCUUUUUGGGGAGAUUGACCCUAAAGAAUCCAAACACAGACGCACUGACAGGUCUGUGUUGUGUUGUUUACGAAAAGCAGAGCCUGGGAAGUCAUGGCCAAGACUUACCAAAGACAAGGCAAAGUGCAACUGGCUAAGUGUGGAUUUCAAUAAUUGGAAAGACUGGGAAGAUGACUCAGAUGAGGACUUGUCAAGUUUUGAUAAAUUCUCAGAGAUGAUGAAUAGCAUGGGUGGGGAUGAUCUACCAGAUUUAGAUGGAGCAGAUGAUGAGCACGAGUCUGCAGACAGCGAUGAUGAAAAAAUGCCUGAUCUUGAGUAGUUGAAUAUGGAUGCCACCUCAGUAGUUAACAAAGUGAGUUCUAAGUUGGUUGAAGAGAGAGACUAGGCAUGAGUUGGCAUCCACGUUGAAGAAGAACCUAAUCUCGACGCAGUUUCCAAAGCGACACCCCUGAAGGGAGUGGCAGGGAGUGACUGUUGGAUGGAGACAUGCACAGAAAUCCAUAGCAACAUACAGUGCUGUGCUUUGCUGUUUUGUUUUGCAUGGACAAUUCUGUUCAAAUGAAAAUGUUAUUGUUCAUUGACUUAAAUGAUGAUGUUAUGGGAUGUACUGAUGUCUUACAACUUCUCUCCGUCUUUUUUUUUUUUUUCCUUUUUUUGCCGAUGUCAGGUUAUGUAUUAAACGUUGUGAUUUCUAAUGAAAAGAAAAAAAACCUCAAAAAUGCCUAUUUUCCAAAAAAGUAGAUUUUUUAAUAACAGAUUUUCCCCUUUAAUGUUUGUAUUGUAAAUUGCACAUAUUUUCUUUGUUAAUUUAAGAGGCAGGAGUUCUGCUUGUAAUGGGUUUUUCAAAUGUAUGCCAACAUCUACAAAUAUUUAACAAUAACUUUUUUUUUAAAAUAUGUUUCAGCAUUUAAAAUAAACAUGCUUGUGCAACUUAACUGCUUGUGUUGAGGUUAUGGUAGUGGAGUGCUGCUGUUGUUCCGCCUAGUCAUGCCUUUGCAAAGAUGAGUUUCUUUAUGCUGUUAUAUGAAUCAUCAAAAUUAAUUUUCUCACAGAUAUUCUGAGGUGACGGCAGAGAUCCUGUGUAGUUAAAGUCACACAAAUGGUUUAAUCCCGUAUAGAUUAUAAAUGUUUAUCAUAUACAACAGAACUAUGAUUGGAGGUUUGUUUGAUUCAACAUGUGUUGAAUUCUUUCUUUGUCUUAUAUUGUGGGAGUUUGGCUAUUAAUUUCUAAUAAACUUUACUGGUCACUGUAAUUGUUCUCUUGCCCAUAGUGGCCAUAGUCUUGCCUUCCUAACAGUUCCAUUGUAAAUGAUGGAAGACUGCACCGAUAUGUAAGUUCAGCUUGAUUAAUAUUGAGACUUUUGCUGUGUGAGUCAGCAUAUUAUAAAGCUUUCCUUUUAAGAACAAAGUUCUCAAUAGGUUUUGUUUUUGCUGGAGCAAUGGCAAAGCUCGAAGAAUUGUAUUAAGUUACUCCAAUUCGCUCUUCAAAAGUAUUUUCACGCAGAACAAAGACUGCAAACGUACCGUAGUUCUUAAAUUGAGCUUCAUAAGGAAAGGGUCUUUUAAGGGUCAGUGCUAAGAGAUUUGGAGCAAUUAAAAGUCCAUGUGGAUAUGUAAGUACUGCAUUAAAAAGAACUCUGAAAAAUC